AUGGAUGCACCCAUAAUUCCUUACAAGAUCAAUGUCCCGGACGCCAAGGUCGAGGCCCUCAAAGCAACGCUCGGCCAGACCACGUACCCAGACCCAGCGCCCGUCCUCGAAGACUGGGAAUACGGUGCCCCCCGCGCCGCCGUAACGCGGCUGGCCAAAUACUGGCGCGACGGUUUCGACUGGCGCGCCCGAGAGGCCGAGCUGAACAAACUGCCGCAUUUCAAGACGGUCGUGGCCGUCGACGGCUUUGGCGACAUUGGCGUGCGUUUCGUGUACCAGGAGAGUCAAGCCCAGGAUGCGAUCCCCUUGCUUUUCUGCCACGGAUGGCCCGGCAGCUUUAUUGAGGUGGUCAAGAUCCUGCCUCUGUUGACGAGCGCCGACGCCGAUGUUUCCUUCCACGUUGUCGCGCCAUCGUUGCCGAACUUUGGGUUCUCCGACGGCGUCGGCAAGCCGGGGUUCGGGCUCGCGCAGUACGCGGAAGCCAUGCACAGGAUCAUGUUGAAGCUCGGCUACGACCAAUACGUGACGCAAGGCGGCGAUUGGGGGUUCGGCAUCACGCGCAUGGUGGGCAGGCAGUAUCCCGAGCACUGUCUCGCGUCGCAUCUCAACCACGUCUAUUGCAAGCCGCCCGAGUUGCUGAAGAACCCGCUUCUCUACCUCCAGAGCCAGCUACCGAGUUCAGCUUUAGACCUCGAGCGCAAGGCUAGGACGGACUGGUUCCUCGACCAGGGCUCGGCGUAUAACAUGAUGCACUCGACGCGGCCCUCAACAUUGGGGUUCGCGUUGGCUGAUUCGCCGAUCAGCCUCUUGGCAUGGAUCUACGAAAAACUGGUCGAAUGGACGGACGCGUACGAUUGGAGCGACGAUGAGGUGUUGACGUGGGUCGGACUGUACUGGUUCUCGACGGCCGGGCCGGACGCCAGCACGCGGAUCUACAAGGAGGCGCAGGGACGACAGGUGAAGAACAAGGAGGCGCAUCUCGAAUACGCGCCCGAGGUGAAGCUGGGGAUGAGCAUGGUUCCCAAGGACCUGAUGCUGUUUCCGAGCUCGUGGCAGCGAACACUAGGGCCGGUCGUAUUUGAGCGGUGGCAUACCGAAGGCGGGCACUUUGCGGCAUGGGAGAGGCCUGAACUGCUCGUUGAAGAUAUUACGACCAUGUUUGGCGAGGGGGGCGGAGCGAGUGACGUGGCGCGGAAGAUCGUGAAAGAAAGGAGGACAUAA